AUGAUCAGACUCAGAUAUCGAGUAUUCCAUGAACAACCUCACCUUUUCUUGGGCGGGGCCUCGGUCGUCACCUCCGCCUUUGCUUCGACCACUCUCCCGUCAUUCCUCCCUUUGCUACUACACCUCACCAUCGUGCUUAUUUAUGCUCCCAAGGUCCUUUCUCGUAGCCCUUUCACCGGAAUCACCUCACUCUGGUUUGGUUUAUCCAUAGGCCGGUCGAUCUCAUGGUUCACCCCCUCUCUGCACACGUUAGACACACCUGGAAUAUCGGUUCUAGUACUCCUCGGGCAAUCCUUUGCCACAUCCGCUAUCUCAUUGACAGCGGUUCUCAUUUACGCUCGAUUAAGGACACGCGUUUCAUCAGGGCUGGCCCAACUGACCCUUUUCCCUGCACUUUGGGCGUGUAUAUGGUGUGCUGCUGCCUACAUCAGUCCUGUAGGUUAUCUGACCUCCUGGAGCCCUGUCAACGGCAUCGAGUAUUAUGACUGGAUCAUCCCUUUUGUGGGUCCCGCAGUCAAAGACUGGUUGGUUGCUGCGUGGGCGGCGAUUUGUUCGCAGAUGGUUGAAGAAUGGAUAAUGGGUUCACAGCUACCAGAAGAAGCCCCUCUGAUACCUGACUUGGAUCGCUCCCCGCAAAGAAAAUAUCCUAGAGGAAGUGCAAAGUUGAUACUAGCUUCAUUUUUAGUCGUUCUCGCCUUUCCAUCUUUCUUUUUCAACGACCUCCCGCUACCAGUAAUCUCCUCAGAGACUACGCCUUUCACUGUUGGAUGUGUUCUUCCUCCCUUUCAGAGAUACAAGGACUAUAACCCCACUUUGGAAGAUUAUAUUCGUGAAUCCUCGACACUCGCUCCCCAUGCAAACCUUUUAUUGUGGCCCGAAGGGGCAGUCUCUUUCCAGGACGAAGCAGAACGAGAAGCAAAGUUGAGUGUAGUCCGUGGGAGGGUUCUUGGAGCUUGGGUUGGGGUCUCUUUCGAAGAGACGUACCACGAUCCACAAGGCUCGAGGGGUGAAAGAGGAAUCAGACGUACCGGUAUCGCACUCGUGUCGAGCAGACAAAAUGAAACUCAUUUCAUUUACUACAAGCGACAUCUCGUACCGAUCGCAGAGUCAUUUUCCUUGCGCUCAUCCAGUGAACCGCCAACUAUCCAUACUCUCGACCUACAGAAGCCAAACUGGAUGAAAAUUCCAAAGGGUGAUUGGGCUCCGGCACCGAAAUUUACACGUCCAAUUCCCGUUACUGCUUCGAUAUGCCUGGACCUUGCAUUCCCGCUACAUUCAUUGGAUUCAAGGCCAGCUCUGAUUCUGGCUCCCGGUCGAACUUGGGACGUGACUGUCGCGGAGGUUAUGUGGAAACAAGCGAAGCUGCGUGCGCAUGAACUCGGAAGUGCAAUCCUUUGGUGCGAUGGUGGAGAUAGGGGUGUAAGUGGAGUUGCUGGCGAAGGUAUCUCAGAAUCCGUUCAAGUGGGGCAUGGGUCAUGGGUCAGGAAGAUCGCCUUGCCCUACCCAUUCGACGAACAGCCGACUCCUUACGGAAGAGGCGGAAAUUAUCUUGUUCUAAUCUUGAUGUGUUUACCUCUCGUCUUUUCAUUACCGGUUGCGUCCACUGGAUUCCUUCCGGGAAGUGGGAUUAGACGAGUUGGCUCAGCUCUUCAAAGUUUUUGGCAAAGAAGGAUCAGGAGUAGUGAACUUGAAGAAGAUUUAAUCUGA